UCCAGCAUUGGCCGCCCCGACUCCAGCGCCACUUUGCAAACAAGUCUUCGGCCGAGGCUCGAGGCGAAGACAGCCCGCCGGUGCGGAGCUCGUCCAGUCCCGGACUCUCAGACCUGCCGAUUCUACGACUCCCCUUGGCAGUCUCGCCACCAGCAAAACUGCUGGCUGCUGAGGGACCUGGGCAGCGCCCGCCCGAAUGCGAGAGCAGGAUUUGGAUUUAGUGCCGCUGGCCUCGGACUGGACGAGCGGCGCCCUUUCCUUCCUCGGCCCCGCAAGCUACAAUUUCGCGCUCACUGGGAGCCGGGGGGCUCCUGGGGACUGGGCAUUUCGGGAUUCCCUGAGGGGACCGAGGAACGACGUUCGAGGGCGCCAUAUUUUCACGCGCUGUUGUAGGGUAACAUCUGGACUGGGUUCCUGGACCCUUGGAUGUCUUGCUGCCCACAAACUCCUGGAUCAACUUGUUGAAAAUAUUUUAGGUAUUGGUGUUGGAAGGCUUCUCAGAUGCUUUAGGAUAUCUUCCGGGAAAUCAACUCUUUACAUAAACUGAGAAUUCAGACAUUCUAAGUGAGGAUCUUCAAAUCAUUUAGGAAAAUGGUGGCCCUGUCCUUAAAGAUUUGUGUCCGCCACUGCAAUGUGGUGAAGACCAUGCAGUUUGAACCAUCUACAGCCGUGUACGAUGCAUGUCGAGUCAUUCGGGAACGGGUCCCGGAGGCACAAACUGGCCAAGCUUCUGAUUAUGGGCUGUUUCUCUCGGAUGAAGACCCCAGGAAAGGAAUUUGGCUGGAAGCAGGCAGAACACUGGACUACUACAUGUUGCGAAAUGGGGAUAUUUUGGAAUAUAAGAAGAAACAGAGACCUCAGAAAAUCCGGAUGCUGGAUGGAUCCGUGAAAACAGUGAUGGUGGAUGACUCCAAGACCGUUGGGGAACUCCUGGUUACUAUUUGCAGCAGGAUAGGAAUAACGAACUAUGAAGAGUACUCUUUAAUCCAAGAAACGAUUGAAGAAAAGAAAGAGGAAGGGACAGGGACGCUAAAAAAAGACAGGACUCUAUUGCGAGACGAGAGGAAGAUGGAGAAGCUGAAGGCCAAGCUCCACACGGAUGAUGACUUAAAUUGGCUGGAUCACAGCCGAACAUUCAGAGAACAAGGAGUAGAUGAACACGAAACGUUGCUACUUAGACGGAAGUUCUUCUACUCUGAUCAGAAUGUGGACUCAAGAGACCCCGUGCAGCUGAACUUGCUUUAUGUUCAGGCUCGGGAUGAUAUCCUGAAUGGCUCCCACCCUGUCUCCUUCGAGAAAGCUUGUGAGUUUGGAGGAUUUCAAGCCCAGAUACAAUUUGGACCUCAUGUGGAACAUAAACACAAACCCGGAUUCUUAGAUCUAAAGGAAUUCCUGCCCAAAGAAUACAUCAAGCAGAGAGGAGCUGAAAAGAGGAUAUUUCAGGAGCAUAAGAACUGUGGAGAGAUGAGCGAAAUAGAAGCCAAGGUCAAGUAUGUCAAACUCGCCCGAUCCCUCCGGACGUAUGGUGUGUCCUUUUUUCUGGUGAAGGAAAAGAUGAAAGGCAAGAACAAGCUGGUGCCUCGCCUGCUGGGCAUCACCAAGGACUCAGUGAUGCGUGUGGAUGAGAAGACCAAGGAAGUGCUGCAGGAGUGGCCACUUACCACGGUUAAGCGCUGGGCAGCCUCACCCAAAAGCUUCACCCUGGAUUUUGGGGAGUAUCAGGAAAGCUACUAUUCAGUACAAACCACUGAAGGAGAGCAGAUAUCCCAGCUGAUUGCAGGCUACAUUGACAUCAUCCUCAAAAAGAAACAAAGUAAAGAUAGAUUUGGAUUAGAGGGGGAUGAGGAGUCGACUAUGCUGGAAGAGUCCGUUUCCCCAAAAAAGUCUACCAUCUUGCAGCAGCAGUUCAAUCGGACUGGGAAGGCGGAGCACGGCUCCGUGGCACUGCCCGCCGUGAUGCGCUCAGGCUCCAGCGGGCCCGAGACCUUCAACGUGGGCAGCAUGCCCUCACCACAGCAGCAGGUCAUGGUUGGGCAGAUGCACCGAGGGCACAUGCCCCCGCUGACCUCGGCCCAGCAGGCCCUCAUGGGGACCAUCAACACAAGCAUGCACGCUGUCCAGCAGGCCCAGGACGACCUCAGCGAGCUGGAUUCACUGCCACCCCUCGGCCAGGAUAUGGCGUCACGGGUGUGGGUUCAGAAUAAAGUCGACGAGUCCAAACACGAAAUCCACUCUCAGGUCGAUGCGAUCACAGCUGGAACAGCUUCAGUAGUUAACCUCACUGCUGGUGACCCUGCAGACACCGACUACACAGCAGUGGGAUGUGCAAUCACCACCAUUUCUUCCAACCUGACGGAGAUGUCCAAGGGUGUGAAGCUCUUGGCGGCUCUGAUGGACGACGAGGUGGGCAGUGGGGAGGACUUGCUCAGAGCUGCGAGGACCCUCGCGGGGGCAGUGUCAGACUUGCUGAAAGCUGUGCAGCCUACUUCUGGAGAGCCUCGACAGACAGUUUUGACUGCUGCUGGAAGCAUUGGACAAGCCAGUGGGGAUCUUCUGAGGCAGAUCGGAGAGAAUGAGACUGAUGAGCGAUUCCAAGAUGUUUUAAUGAGUUUGGCCAAAGCUGUGGCCAAUGCUGCUGCCAUGUUGGUAUUAAAGGCGAAGAAUGUUGCCCAAGUAGCUGAAGACACAGUCCUACAGAACAGGGUGAUUGCUGCCGCCACCCAGUGUGCCCUCUCUACCUCCCAGCUUGUGGCGUGUGCCAAGGUGGUGAGCCCCACCAUCAGCUCCCCCGUGUGCCAGGAGCAGCUGAUUGAAGCGGGCAAGCUCGUGGACCGCUCAGUGGAGAACUGUGUCCGCGCCUGCCAGGCAGCCACCGACGACAGCGAGCUCCUGAAGCAGGUCAGCGCAGCGGCCAGCGUGGUCAGCCAGGCCCUGCAUGAUCUCCUGCAGCACGUGCGACAGUUUGCCAGCCGAGGCGAGCCCAUCGGCCGCUACGACCAGGCCACCGACACCAUCAUGUGUGUCACCGAGAGCAUCUUCAGCUCCAUGGGCGAUGCCGGUGAAAUGGUGCGCCAGGCCCGGGUCCUGGCCCAGGCCACCUCAGACCUCGUCAACGCCAUGAGGUCGGAUGCAGAAGCUGAAAUCGACAUGGAGAACUCGAAGAAGCUCCUGGCAGCUGCGAAACUCCUGGCCGACUCCACAGCUCGCAUGGUGGAAGCUGCCAAGGGGGCUGCAGCCAAUCCUGAGAAUGAAGACCAGCAGCAGAGACUGAGAGAAGCUGCGGAAGGCCUCCGGGUGGCAACAAACGCCGCCGCCCAGAACGCCAUCAAGAAAAAAAUUGUCAACCGAUUGGAGGUGGCAGCCAAGCAGGCUGCAGCCGCCGCCACGCAGACCAUCGCCGCCUCCCAGAACGCGGCCGUGUCCAACAAGAACCCCGCCGCCCAGCAGCAGCUGGUCCAGAGCUGCAAGGCGGUGGCCGAUCACAUCCCUCAGCUGGUCCAGGGGGUGAGAGGGAGCCAAGCCCAAGCAGAAGACCUUAGCGCCCAGCUGGCUCUCAUCAUCUCCAGCCAGAACUUCCUCCAGCCUGGAAGCAAGAUGGUGUCCUCUGCCAAAGCCGCAGUGCCCACCGUGAGUGACCAGGCUGCAGCUAUGCAGCUGAGCCAGUGUGCCAAGAACCUUGCCACCAGCUUGGCGGAGCUGCGUACUGCCUCGCAGAAGGCCCACGAAGCCUGUGGCCCUAUGGAAAUCGAUUCAGCUCUGAGCACCGUGCAGACACUCAAGAAUGAACUGCAGGAUGCCAAGAUGGCGGCUGUGGAGAGUCAGCUGAAACCGCUUCCGGGGGAGACGCUGGAAAAAUGCGCUCAAGACCUAGGAAGUACAUCCAAGGCAGUGGGCUCAUCCAUGGCACAGCUCCUAACCUGUGCUGCUCAAGGCAAUGAGCACUACACAGGGGUGGCUGCCAGAGAGACAGCCCAAGCUCUGAAAACGCUGGCCCAGGCUGCUCGUGGGGUGGCCGCAUCCACGAGCGACCCCGCAGCUGCGCAUGCCAUGUUAGAUUCUGCUCGAGACGUCAUGGAAGGCUCCGCCAUGCUCAUCCAAGAAGCGAAGCAGGCCCUGAUUGCACCUGGGGAUGCUGAGAGUCAGCAGAGACUAGCCCAGGUGGCCAAAGCCGUCUCGCACUCCUUGAAUAACUGCGUGAAUUGUCUCCCGGGGCAGAAGGAUGUGGACGUGGCCUUGAAGAGCAUUGGCGAGUCCAGCAAGAAGCUGCUUGUGGACUCGUUACCUCCGAGCACAAAGCCUUUCCAGGAAGCCCAGAGUGAGCUGAACCAAGCCGCGGCUGAUCUGAACCAGUCUGCGGGGGAAGUGGUCCAUGCCACCCGGGGCCAGAGCGGAGAACUGGCUGCAGCCUCUGGCAAGUUCAGUGAUGAUUUCGAUGAAUUUCUCGAUGCUGGCAUUGAGAUGGCAGGCCAAGCUCAGACGAAAGAAGACCAGAUCCAAGUGAUAGGCAACCUCAAGAAUAUCUCUAUGGCAUCCAGCAAGCUGUUGUUAGCUGCCAAGUCUCUCUCGGUGGAUCCAGGAGCCCCCAAUGCAAAAAAUCUCCUGGCAGCUGCUGCAAGAGCUGUGACCGAGAGCAUCAAUCAGCUCAUUACUCUGUGCACCCAGCAAGCUCCAGGCCAGAAAGAAUGUGAUAAUGCCCUACGGGAGCUCGAGACUGUCAAGGGGAUGUUGGACAAUCCUAAUGAACCUGUGAGUGACCUCUCUUACUUUGACUGCAUUGAGAGUGUGAUGGAAAACUCCAAGGUUCUGGGUGAGUCGAUGGCAGGGAUUUCGCAGAACGCCAAGACCGGGGACCUCCCUGCGUUUGGGGAGUGUGUGGGGAUUGCGUCCAAGGCCCUCUGUGGGCUGACAGAGGCUGCAGCCCAGGCUGCAUACCUGGUGGGCAUCUCUGAUCCAAAUAGCCAGGCGGGCCAUCAGGGCCUCGUGGACCCCAUCCAGUUUGCCAGGGCUAACCAGGCUAUCCAGAUGGCAUGCCAGAACCUGGUGGACCCCGGCAGCAGCCCGUCACAGGUUCUGUCGGCGGCCACAAUUGUCGCCAAGCACACCUCGGCCCUGUGCAAUGCGUGCCGCAUCGCCUCGUCCAAGACAGCCAACCCAGUGGCCAAGAGGCACUUUGUCCAGUCAGCCAAGGAAGUCGCCAACAGCACUGCCAACCUAGUGAAGACCAUCAAGGCCCUGGACGGGGAUUUCUCCGAAGACAAUCGCAAUAAGUGUCGCAUUGCCACCGCACCCUUGAUCGAAGCUGUGGAGAACCUGACAGCGUUUGCGUCCAACCCUGAGUUUGUCAGCAUUCCUGCCCAGAUCAGUUCCGAGGGCUCCCAGGCACAGGAACCGAUCCUCGUCUCAGCCAAGACCAUGCUGGAGAGUUCGUCAUACCUCAUUCGCACUGCACGCUCACUGGCCAUCAACCCCAAAGACCCGCCCACCUGGUCUGUGCUAGCUGGACACUCCCACACCGUGUCUGACUCUAUCAAGAGUCUCAUCACAUCUAUCAGGGACAAGGCACCUGGACAGAGAGAGUGUGACUACUCGAUCGAUGGUAUCAACCGAUGCAUCCGGGACAUUGAGCAGGCCUCCCUGGCGGCUGUCAGCCAGAGCCUGGCCACAAGGGAUGACAUCUCUGUGGAGGCCCUGCAGGAGCAGCUAACUUCAGUGGUCCAGGAAAUUGGGCACCUUAUCGAUCCCAUUGCCACAGCGGCGCGGGGAGAAGCAGCUCAGCUGGGACAUAAGGUGACACAGCUAGCAAGCUACUUUGAGCCCCUGAUCUUAGCUGCAGUCGGUGUCGCCUCCAAGAUUCUGGACCAUCAGCAGCAGAUGACAGUGCUGGACCAGACCAAGACGCUCGCAGAAUCUGCCCUGCAGAUGUUGUACGCAGCCAAAGAAGGUGGAGGAAACCCCAAGGCCCAGCACACCCACGAUGCUAUCACAGAGGCUGCCCAGCUCAUGAAGGAGGCUGUCGAUGACAUCAUGGUGACACUGAAUGAAGCCGCCAGUGAAGUGGGGCUGGUGGGAGGCAUGGUCGACGCCAUUGCAGAGGCCAUGAGCAAGCUGGAUGAAGGCACUCCUCCAGAACCAAAGGGAACAUUUGUCGAUUAUCAGACGACUGUGGUUAAAUAUUCCAAAGCCAUUGCAGUGACAGCUCAGGAAAUGAUGACUAAGUCGGUUACUAACCCGGAGGAGUUGGGAGGACUGGCUUCACAAAUGACCAGUGACUAUGGGCACCUGGCUCUCCAGGGCCAGAUGGCAGCAGCCACGGCGGAGCCAGAGGAGAUCGGCUUCCAGAUUCGCACUCGUGUGCAGGACCUGGGCCAUGGCUGCAUCUUCCUGGUGCAGAAGGCGGGGGCCCUCCAGGUGUGCCCCACAGACAGCUACACCAAGAGGGAGCUCAUCGAGUGUGCCCGCGCAGUCACAGAGAAGGUGUCCUUGGUGCUAUCAGCUCUGCAGGCUGGGAACAAGGGGACCCAGGCAUGCAUCACAGCCGCCACCGCUGUGUCUGGGAUUAUAGCCGACCUGGACACCACCAUCAUGUUUGCGACCGCGGGGACCCUGAAUUCAGAGAACAACGAGACCUUUGCAGACCACAGGGAGAACAUUCUGAAGACAGCCAAGGCCUUGGUGGAAGACACGAAGCUGCUGGUGUCGGGGGCUGCGUCCACGCCAGACAAGCUGGCCCAGGCAGCGCAGUCGUCAGCGGCCACCAUCACACAGCUCGCUGAGGUGGUCAAGCUGGGGGCCGCCAGCCUGGGCUCUGAUGACCCCGAGACACAGGUGGUGUUGAUCAAUGCCAUCAAAGACGUGGCCAAGGCCCUUUCAGAUCUGAUCGGCGCCACCAAGGGAGCUGCCAGCAAGCCUGCUGAUGACCCCUCCAUGUACCAGCUCAAGGGGGCUGCCAAGGUGAUGGUGACCAAUGUCACCUCCCUCCUCAAGACUGUAAAGGCGGUGGAGGACGAGGCCACCCGGGGCACACGGGCGCUUGAGGCCACAAUUGAGUACAUGAAACAGGAGCUCACGGUGUUCCAGUCCAAAGAGGUACCUGAAAAGACCUCAUCACCUGAAGAAUCGAUAAGGAUGACGAAAGGCAUCACCAUGGCGACAGCCAAAGCCGUGGCCGCAGGGAACUCUUGCAGACAGGAGGACGUGAUCGCCACCGCCAACCUGAGCCGGAAAGCCGUGUCCGAUAUGCUGACGGCUUGUAAGCAAGCAUCCUUCCACCCUGAUGUCAGCGAGGAGGUGCGCACCAGAGCCUUGCGGUAUGGGACAGAGUGCACCCUCGGCUACCUGGACCUUCUCGAGCACGUCUUGGUGAUUCUUCAGAAACCAAGCCCGGAACUCAAGCACCAGCUGGCUGCUUUCUCCAAGCGUGUCGCCGGCGCCGUGACUGAGCUCAUCCAGGCCGCAGAAGCCAUGAAAGGAACAGAGUGGGUGGAUCCAGAAGACCCAACCGUCAUUGCAGAAACAGAAUUACUGGGGGCCGCAGCGUCCAUUGAGGCUGCCGCCAAGAAGUUAGAGCAACUGAAGCCAAGAGCAAAACCAAAACAAGCAGACGAGACCCUGGACUUUGAAGAACAGAUUCUGGAAGCUGCUAAAUCCAUUGCUGCUGCCACAAGUGCCCUGGUCAAGUCGGCCUCGGCAGCCCAGAGGGAGCUGGUGGCCCAAGGAAAGGUGGGUUCCAUCCCUGCCAACGCUGCCGAUGACGGACAGUGGUCCCAGGGGCUGAUUUCUGCCGCCCGGAUGGUGGCAGGUGCAACCAGCAGUCUCUGUGAGGCAGCCAAUGCCUCCGUUCAGGGACAUGCCAGUGAGGAGAAGCUCAUCUCGUCCGCCAAGCAGGUCGCUGCUUCCACGGCUCAGCUGCUCGUGGCCUGCAAGGUGAAAGCCGACCAGGAUUCAGAGGCCAUGAGGCGGCUACAGGUAAUGGUCACUGAUGCUGGUGGGAAAGUACUCCUGUUGGAGCGGGCAGCAGGAAAUGCUGUGAAAAGAGCCUCAGAUAAUCUUGUUCGUGCAGCCCAGAAAGCAGCAUUUGGCAAAGCUGAUGAUGAUGAUGUUGUAGUGAAAACAAAGUUUGUAGGGGGCAUUGCUCAGAUCAUUGCCGCCCAGGAGGAAAUGUUGAAAAAAGAACGAGAACUGGAAGAAGCAAGGAAAAAACUGGCCCAGAUCCGCCAACAACAGUAUAAAUUCCUACCCACUGAGCUGAGGGAGGACGAAGGAUAAGGCCAGAGCCAAGAUGGCAUGCCCCAGGGGAUGGCUCUGCAAGAACUGGACAGACCGUGUUCCCGAAAGGCUGGGCACUUACCCCUGGGGCCAGCCCAGAGCCCUGAGUGCUCAUUCUCACGUCUCUGUCCCGUAGGGCACCGGCUGCAUGAUCGUGAUGUCACACGGUACAGUGUCCCACCCACAGCUCCUUCGCCACCUCCCCUCAUGCCUCACCAUAUCUCAGGAGAGAGGGGCGCACGUUUCGUGAACUGUUACCAAGAAAGAGAAGUCAGUAUUAUGUGGUUUUCAGACACUUUUGCUUUCGUUGGUCCUUCUCUAGGCCCCGCUCCUGGGCCUUCUGUGAAAUCUUAAGAGGAAAAAAAUAAUGGCUUGGGGAAAAUCACUCAUGUCCUAGGUAGUGUUCUCCCUCUCAGGAGAAGAUGGAAGUUGGAGUUGGACACAGUUAAUAAAAGCCAGAAACAUAAACCAGUGUGGACUCCAGGAGGGUAACUCCGGUCCUUCGGUGUCUCAAGCACUGGCUCCCUCAGAGGGUGGAGAAUUCCUGCUCCCAUUUGCACGCUUUCUUGCCUCCGUGUGUAAGCUCCUUGUGCAAUCUAGACCCAUCUUGUGUUCUGUGGCCCAGAAAACCGGACAAUUAUUUUUUUCCUCCAUAAUCCAAAGGGCAGAAGUACGGGGGACUGCCAGGGCUUGGUGAGCAGGGGCUGUAAUAAAAUGUGGGCUCCUUCGUCUGCAGAGCUGUUUCAGUUCGUACAAGUUCACCCACACAAACCCACGGCCUCCAGGUGACAGUCUGCACAAUGUCCCCCUCCGAAGCAUUCGAGGUGGGGAUUCAGCUAGAAUAAAGCAAUGCCGUGGCGACUCCACCUUCCCGGUCCUACAUUGGCUCCUCUGCUCUCAAAAUGCUUAGAUUUCUGGGUUGCAAGGCAUCGCUUUCAAAAUCUGUCACCUGUCCUGCCUCCCAGGGUGGACACUUUUUCUGUGUCUUAAUAUUCUUAAAAUCUAGAUGCAUCCUACAAUCCACAUGAACCUUUAACAAGAUACUUGUGCUGAUGAGUGCGUCUUACAAGGAAAGGCAUGUGGUAUUUCCAGAGUCCGUCUUCUGGAUGCCACACUUCAGGAUUUCAUCCCCCCCCCCUUUUUUUGUUCUCCUUUCAGAGCCUGUUCCUUUAAAAGGGCAUUUUAAGACCUUGAAGUUACCUUUAAUCUGAGCCUUUAAUCAAGACAGUACGUGAAGGACGAAUGGCUUGUGGAAUAGAUACUAAUGCCAGAUAGCAAGUGUUUUUGAGAGAAUUCACGAGGGGAAGACAGUGGUGAUGGAGGCACGUGGGUUUUGAAGAUAGCCAUCCUCCACUGCCCUAUAGUGACAUGGUGUCCCAUCUCCUAUCUCCUCCACAGUAUGACUUCUGGAUCCCAGCCAGGGUAAAAGUGGAUGCUUUGGUCUUUUCGGCCUUGCCCCACAGUCCUGCUUUAGUAGCCUCUAGCCCAUGUCGUAGUUUUAAAAUUCAAUUAAACUUAUGACAGUGUCCCAUGUUUAUGAGAGACUUAUGAGUGCUAUACAUAGAAUUGUUUUUCCCAGACGAGUAGGAAGUUAGAGGAAAUACAGUGCAAAUAAAAAGCAAGUGGAGAGAGUAUGUAGGGAACUGGGGGGGAUGGAGGCCCCAACUCUGAAGAGGAGGGAGCAGCAGAGCCCUGAGUUUCUCAGGGAAAUUCUAGCACACUCUUGGCUCUCCCUGAGUGUAGCUAGGACAACCCUUCAUCCCUGCCCUGGGCUGCAGCCCCUCAGACCUCAGAAUGAAAACUGAGGGCCCCAUGGACGAGGGUGGGGGUCUCCCCAAGAGACAUUCCACGGACGGGCACAGGGUGUUUCAGAGACUGUUCAUCAGACCAGAAGGCUCAGAGUCAAGGUGUGUUAAUGGCCUCGUUGUAGCAGGACCUGGGGAGCCCCUCCAUGGCCCACCUUCACCAUAUUUUCUUCCAGACUGUGUAUGUGCUUCUCCCCUUGCCCAUGUCCCCUGUCACCUCCCGGCAUCCCAGGAGCUGGGCAGGGACAGGCAGUGAGUUCUCUCUCCCUGCCCCAGUCAUUGAAAACCUCUACUGCAUUUGAUACAGAAAAACCUAGAGACAGGCCAGUGGAAAGGCCUGUCCUUGACAACUUGAGAGAACAGGCAUGGAUCGAAGUUUAUCUUUGUAGGACCUGUAUACGUAAGCUCCUGUCUCGGGGGGUUCUGCUGCUAGGAGCUUGGGGAAGCUGGUUCCCCGUAUCACCGGGCGCGGUGCUGGCUUUUUCCUCGUCCACACUGCAUACAUAUAUGUGAAUGGCCUCGUGGCUGCCUUAGUCUUUUCCCAUUUCAUGAAACGGUUGAAAGACUGUGCUUUGAGAGUUAUUUCAUGGGCACGUGACCCCAAAUGGCAUGAAGGGGGCUUCUGGCUCUUCUUCAAAGGGAGAUAAAGCAGAGAUGAGUCGCAUUUGGGGUGCGAGAUUUCAUUGAGGAGCAUCUAACAAGAAGAUGGUUUCAUGGUAAAAAUGGUCCCAGGCCUGGAGCAUAGAAAUGCUUCCCUCCAUGCGAAGGGAGAGCAGGUGUGUGCCCCGUGACGGGAACUAACACCGGGCUUCGAAGCCUUCAGCUGAGCUUCGAGUCUGGAGAUUUCUAUCUCGGAAGGUCAAAACAGGAACCUGAGCUGACGUCAGAACUGCUCAGUGAUGCGGGAGUUUGGAUUUUGCUUGGUGCUGCCUCUCGGAGGCUUUGAGCAAGGGUGCUUGCAACUGCAUUCAGUUGGGGACCCUUGCUCAAACCCUGGCGGCGUGCCCGCAGGGGUGGUGGGGGUGCUCAGCGGCAGAGUACCGUGAGGCCUGGGCAGCCGUGCAGCCCUGUGUCGGGGCCCCCUGGCCCCCUGCAGAGGAGCCUCCUGAACCACAGCAAACGCUUUAUCACGGAAAACUCUUUGGGCUUCGCAGAGGCUUUCCCUGAGUGCUUUCUGGGUGUUUCAUCAGUCCGUGAGUUUCUAUAACCAAAGCCCAUUCCUAAUUUACCCAUUUAUUAAUACCAAAAUUCGCCACCCCCCAAGAGAGUGAACCCCACCACCAAAGCGAUCCCUGGGCCAAAACCUCACGGCCGAGUCACCACCGCCUCAGCAGUGAACCCCCACAUCUCCCCCCAGCUCUGAGGUUCUGGACUGUGGCAGGGCCUCUGGGGGUUCUGGCCUUGGGACCCCAGCACAGACUCUGAGCGUGUUCAGUUCUCAGACCCCUGAAGGAAGUGUCCCCUCUGCCGACCAAGGGAGUAGCCACCUCUGAGAGACUCAGGGGAACCAGGGAGUUGGGGGCAAACGUUCCCAUCAGGUGAAGAAGCAGUAGCAUUCAGAAACCCAAAGAGCCUGACAGCUGUGCUAGGGGCUCAGGUGCCAACUCCCCAAGGUCCCUUCCGGGUGCUGGCCUCAGUAGGGGGAAGUUGUCUUCCCCGACAAGGUCCCCAAGUCCCUGAGACUACUGCUCCAUCUUCCUGAGUGUCUGCUUGCUAUGUUUAUGGUCGUUAGGAACAGGCAUGUGACAGAGCUUCUGUUGACUCAUUAAAAAAACAAGAUGAAGAGACAUUUCUGUAAAAGAGGUUGGGAUCUGGCCUUCCUACGAGCCCCCCUCCUAGCCCUCCCAUAAGCCACCCUCUCUCAGUCACCCUGUCAGCGUCGGCACCUCCUGGUUCCACAGAGCAUGAGGCUGGGUUUCCCUCAGUCACCUUCUCACCUGGCUGCAAAAUCUAGAAGCAAACAGGAAAGUUAAGCUCUGCCCCAUGUCAUGAUGUCUUUAUUGAUCUGGUCGCAUAAAUUAUUUUUUUUUAAUUCACCAGAAAUAAACUUUUAAAGGAA